AUGGCCAUCUCUGUUUCCAACUCCUGUAGCCCGACGCGGCUGGCUUUUCUGGAUGACAAAGGCGGAAAUCCGCCAAAGCAGAGCAUGUGGCACCGGUUGGGUUUGCGAAAAUUAUGGCAGGGCCGCGACGAUCAUCGAGACACGUCUGCCGGGGAGAGUCAAGACGAGAUUUCUCCCCGCCCUUCUUCUGACAACUCCCGCGCCAAACAAGACAACUUGACACGUCGACUUUCGCGAAAAGUUGGCGUCGGUCUACCACGAACCACCCCCUUUAAGCGACAGAGCUCUGAUCUCGACCGACUGGCUCCUCGGGAACCUGAUCACCGCCGUGCCCUUUCCGCCGACCGCCGCCCCUUGAGCUCCCAGAGAAGCAGGUCUCCACCGCCAACCGUAGGCCCCAGACAGUCCGCGCCCGAGGUUCAGUGGCUCGGCCCGGCGCCCACAACCACGGUCGAUGACCCCCUCGAACCCCAAUCCGAAACGAACCAUGCCGAUGAGAUUAACGAUAUCUCCGAGAAUUCGAACCCCUAUCCUGGAAUGACGACGGAUAAUUUCGACACGCCAGAGGAGGAAGAGGAUGAUCACCCAAUCGAUCUGGAUAUGGAGCUAGAACAACGGUGGAUUUUGAACCUGAGCAUGCACUUCCGAGAUGGAUCAGAGCGGGAGAAAUUCUUUGUGACGUACGCGGAGACACCGAACCGAUGGCGCCGGGUGACGAUUUCCUGCGAUUACCACGAUGCACCACCAUAUUCACUGGAGCGGGAACUGAAGGAACUACGGUAUCAACGCGAUAAGUGUGCCCGGAUCUACGAAUCCAUUCGCGAGUCCCUUCUUGCGAUCCAAUUCUAUGAAGGUGUCACAAAUCUCAGGCUCGAGACGAGCGAUGGCCGCUUACACGUUCAUGUGACUGAGGACGUAAACGAAACAAUCCCGUACCCGCCCAUCUCCAGUAUCAGGCAUUUGGUCAACGCUCCUGUCAUCCCCGAAGACUUGUUGCAUUUCGAAUCUCAUCUAUCCGGCUUCGUUUACAAAAUAAACCUGGACGGACGUUUCUAUAUCAAGAAGGAAAUACCGGGCCCCGACACUGUGGAUGAGUUCCUCUACGAGAUUAACGCUUUGCAUGCGCUGAAAGACCGCCCAAGCGUAAUCCAGGUGGAAGGAAUCGUGAUCGAUGAGUGGCGAGGCGUCGUCAAGGGCUUGCUAAUUAGCUAUGCAGAAAAGGGCGCACUGGUUGACAUUUUGUACGAGCAACGCGGGAGAACAAGCUUCACACGACGCGAGCGAUGGGCAAAGCAGAUUGUCCAGGGCCUCUGUGAGAUCCAUGAGUCGGGCUACGUGCAGGGCGAUUUCACACUCGCGAACAUCGUGGUGGAUGCGGACGACAACGCCAAAAUCAUUGAUAUCAACCGUAGGGGAUGCCCAGUGGGAUGGGAGCCCCCGGAAAUUGCCGCUAAGAUCGAGAGCAACCAGCGCAUCUCCAUGUAUAUUGGGGUCAAAACUGAUUUGUUUCAACUGGGCAUGACGCUGUGGGCAUUGGCGAUGGAGGAGGAUGAGCCUGAACGACAACCACGACCUCUUCGACUGGGCGAUGAUGCGAAUAUUCCAGACUAUUACCGACGGAUAGUGGAUAUCUGUUUAAGUCCAACUCCGCGACAUAGGCUCUCUGCGAAGGAUCUUCUCUCUAUGUUCCCCCCACUGCCGGAAGCACGGGUAUCACCACCUGUUCAGUCACUGGGAACCAUUUCCAACGAUGCUAGGCACUUGCCAAUUAGUAACUGGGCUCAGCAUCAGCCUGCUGGCCUUGGCCUGGCAUCUCCAGGGGGCAUGAUGCAGCAAAAUGAUCAUCAUUACCCUCAAAAGGAGUUUCCGGGAAAUUCGUAUGGUGAUCUGCAACACCCCAUGUUCUCUGAGACCCAUGACAUCGUCAAGCGAUCAACAAUAACUCUUGCAGAAUCCCAUGGAGACAUGGGGUUCCCAUCUAAGCCAUCUUCUUCCUCUACCUUGAAUCACCAUGAGCCUCACGACCAUGACAAGUACAUGGAUUUCUCCCGCCAUUUCAACGAUGGCUCGUUACCCUACCUACCCUCUGCCUGUCAGGACCCAGAAGCUACUCCAGUUUCUCAGACAAGGUCGAUGGGCAAUGGCUUCCACGACCACCAAGUGGAAUCACCAGUCUUCCCAAAUGAGCCUGUCUGUCUCGAAAAUAAUAAUCAGCAAGAUGAACCGAUCUGUAAUAAUUCCCGAGCUUUGCUUGGUUCUGCGCCUCCACUCCCGCAUCCAGUCAGCACAUCUCUUGUCGAGUCGCAGAAACAUGAGGCUCUGAAUCGACCGAGUCCAAAGGCUGCCGAUGACGAGGGCGACCUUGGAAUCUCAGCUUUGCCCAUCAACCCUACUUUGCGUGACUCCAGUACAUCAAGUGGCAACCACUCCACCAGUUUUUCGACAAUUCCAUCCUCAAUUAAGCAUGCAAAACAGGACGGUUUGAAUCAGCUAUGUUCAAAGGCCACCAAUGACAAAGAUGACCUUGAAUCUUCAUCUUUGCCCCUCAGCCCAACUUUCCGUGACUCUGGCGGUUUUAUCGGUCUUCAGAACGCCCCUCAAUCGGUGAAAGUUUCUCCUAUCGAGCCGCCCAAACAGAAAUAUGCGGAUUUACCAUGCGCCAACGUCGAAAACAAACCUAAAUUUACUGAGCCAUCACCCUCAUCUUCAUGUCUCUCUCUCUCGGAACUACCUAUCAGCCCUACUUUCCGUUCUUCUGGAACUUCCAUCGCCGGUCUAGGUACAACUUCAUCGCUGAAGUCUUUGCCUAUUGAACCGUCAAGGCAGGAUAACGUGGAUCAAGCACAUGCAAAGGCUACCACCUAUAUCAAGCCCAUACCCACAACACCAUCAGACGCAGCAUCUUCUCAGGCUCGCCCGGCAUCGUCUAUCAAUCCCACCCUAGCUCGCUCCAAACCUUCGCUGGAGCUUCCAAGUAUCCCUCUAUCAGUGAAACCGACUACCAUCGAGCCGCCAAAGCAGACUUGUGCGAGUUCAUCAUGCGCAAACACUGGUAUUAAAACCAAAUUUACUGAGCCAUCCCCUUCAACAUCAAGUCUGGCCGGUUCGGAAUUGCCUAUUAGCCCAACAUUCCGUUCUUCCGAGACUUCCCUCGACACUCUAAGUGCCUCUUCCUCACAAGGUCCUUUCCCUAUUGAACCGCCAAAGCCAGAGCAUGCGGUUAUGCCACGUGAGAGCGAUGUCACACCCAAGUGGCCGUCAGCAACAUCUCGAUUUUCUUCAAUGCAUAUUUCGAGCCUCCGUCACACCGGGGCUUCCAUUGGCUCACUGGGUACGUCAUUCGCAACAAGUCCAUCUGUCGUUGGGAUUGGACUUCUAAGGCGGCCAUGGGAAAAACCAUCUGCAGAUAAUCCAGAUGUCAAGUCCACAUCGACAAUGCCAUCAGGAUCAGCCCUCGGGAAUUUUACGACUUCAGGGAAGCCAGAGAACGCCGUUUCGCCGGCCGAAACAUCCCCCAUCGAACUGCAGAGGAAUGAACCUUUGGGCCAAUGCAGCUCGAAGACAGCCGGUAUCAAGCCUGCACAAACGAAUCCAUUGAACUCCAACCCGAAUUUGCUGGGUUCGAAGUUGCCCAUCAGCCCUGCUCAUCCAAAUCCAAAGCCUAGUGGCACUUAUUCCGGGGUCGAGAUGGCACGCCCUGUUCAUGGCCCACCUUCAACUCAGACCAAACCGAGCAUUUCGAGCCAGACACGUUUCUCGAAUCAAAUCCAGUCACCGACCUAUCCUGCACGAACAACUUCGUGA